GUUUACGCAGCCCUGAUCUUUGUGCUGUCGUCAGAUGUUGCCUUCGAGCACAACUUAAAUUAUUUUUCCCUCACAAAACACCUCAGUGACUAUUCCAAAGGUGUUAAUAUGUCAAAGUCCAAUGUAUGUAUUACAUACACAUGAACACACCAGUGAAUACAUUUUGUAUGAUGCAAUGAAUUUGCUUUCCCCACUGAUAUCAUGACUAGGGUCUUUUGAGCUUCCGUGAUACGCCUGAAGCGACCGGGAAGUGCGUCCGUGUCUCGCUAAGUCAUUCGCUCUCAGCAAGUCACAUGUUCGCCUCGCAACUGCUGGAAAGGAGGAGGGGCGCGGCUGGAGGCACGUUCUCUCUCCGUGGUGCUGAUGGCGCGAUGCCUUCUGCGCAGCCGUUACUGCGCAUGUUGCAUGACAGGUGCUCGCGCGCGAACCAUUCAGCGAGCGUCCAUCUUGGGCUUCCUUGAGCAGCAGAAAUCUAUCCACACCCACAAAACAAUAACAACAACAACAGCGGCAACGGAGCCAUCAUGCCGCUUGGGCUUGAUGAUGUGACUCUCCUUUAGAGACGACAGCUCGCCGAAGAAGGAAAAGUCCCCCCAGGGGAAGGAGGAUGGAAAGGAGCGGCAGCGGCUGGUCGGGAAGGCGCUGUUAAGGACGAUUAGUCCCAGCUUGCUUUGACGGGUCGGUCGGGAAGGGAUUUUUCGACAAACAUCUUACAGGCUUCAUUUGACACGCAGGAUGGGUGUCAAGAAGAAGCUGGUGUUCUUCCUCCUGGUCCUAUGCGUUUGCCAACAGGAAGCAUCUGCCAAAGAGAAGGGAACAAAGAAGGGCAAGAAGAAAGGGAAGCAGGUUUACUGCCCGUCGCAACUAUCAUCCGAGGAUCUGGCCCGCGUGCCUGCCAAUUCCACCAGUAACAUCUUGAACAGGUUACUGAUCAGCUACGAUCCCAGAAUACGGCCCAACUUCAAAGGAAUACCCGUGGAAGAUCGGGUGAACAUUUUCAUCAACAGCUUCGGCUCCAUCCAAGAGACGACCAUGGACUACAGAGUCAACAUCUUCCUACGGCAGCGCUGGAACGACCCACGGCUCAAACUGCCGCAGGAUUUCAAGUCCGACUCGCUGACCGUGGACCCCAAGAUGUUCAAAUGCCUCUGGAAGCCCGACCUGUUCUUCGCCAACGAGAAGAGCGCCAACUUCCACGACGUCACGCAGGAAAACAUCCUCCUCUUCAUCUUCCGCAACGGUGACGUGCUCAUCAGUAUGAGGUUGUCCGUCACGCUGUCUUGUCCACUAGACCUGACGUUGUUCCCCAUGGACACACAGAGGUGUAAAAUGCAACUGGAAAGCUUCGGCUACACCACGGACGACCUUCAGUUCAUGUGGCAGACGGGGGACCCCGUGCAGAUGGACGCUAUCGCCUUACCCCAGUUUGACAUCCGACAGGAAGACAUCGACUAUGGCAACUGCACUAAGUUCUACGCAGGGACAGGCUAUUACACGUGCGUGGAGGUCAUCUUCACCCUGCGGCGACAGGUGGGCUUCUACAUGAUGGGUGUCUACGCGCCCACGCUGCUCAUUGUGGUGCUCUCCUGGCUGUCCUUCUGGAUCAACCCCGACGCCAGCGCCGCCAGAGUGCCCUUGGGCAUCCUGUCGGUGCUGUCGCUGUCGUCCGAGUGCACGUCCCUGGCUUCGGAGCUUCCCAAGGUGUCGUACGUGAAGGCCAUCGACAUCUGGCUGAUCGCCUGCCUGCUGUUCGGCUUUGCCUCGCUGGUGGAGUACGCCGUGGUGCAGGUCAUGCUCAACAGCCCCAAGCGCAUCGAGGCCGAGAAGGCCAAGAUGGCGUCCAAGGAGAAAGCGGCGGGGAAGGGCGCCGCCAAUGUCGCCGCAAGGAACAACACCGUCAAUGGCACCGGGGGGACGCCGCUCCAUGUCAGCACCUUGCAUGUGGCGGAGACGCGCUGCAAGAAGGUGUGCACAUCCAAGUCGGACCUGCGCACCAACGACUUCAGCAUCGUGGGCUCACUGCCGCGGGACUUUGAGCUGUCGAACUUUGACUGCUAUGGCAAGCCCAUCGACACGACCAUCAGCGACGGCAAAUCGCAGCCCAAGAAUAAGAAGAAGCCGCCACCCCCCAAGCCCGUCAUCCCGUCGGCUGCUAAGCGUGUGGACCUGUACGCCAGGGCCCUCUUCCCCUUCUCCUUUCUCUUCUUUAAUGUCAUCUACUGGUCCUGUUACUUGUGAUUACAGACACUCCGAUCACCCUUCUCGACCCGCCUUCCCCCCCUCGCCUGACCAAAAACAAAAACAAAAAAAGUCUGUUCUUCCCGUAAUCCCACCCAUACAGAACUAAAACUACUGUUUAAAAUCUAUUUAUCUUAUCUAAAUGUUAUUUAUCAUCACUGCUGAUGAUUUAGUCAAUGACUUUGCCAAAUGCACACUUCUAUAAAAAGAGCUUAUAUCAGGGGUGGGCAAACUAAGCCUCGGGGUCACAUAUGGGGCAUGCAAAUUUUUAAAAUUUGGCCCACCAAUUAUGGGAAAUAGUAACAGCAAUACAUUUUGUUAUGUCACAGCCUUACUCCAAACAUGAGUGUUGUUUUUUUUUUUUUUUGCCCUGGAAAUUUAUAUAAAUUGUUAAAAAAACAACAAAAACUGUCAAUGCUAUAGAAAGGUUGAGACAUUUUUUCAAGUACAAUAAACACAAAAUGAGAGUAAAUGAAACAAUUUGAGAUGAACACGAACCAGCUUUAUAGUUUUUUAUUUUAUUUUUGGUUUAUUCAUCUUAUCUGCGCCCAUCUGUUUUUGAAUAUGGACCUUGAGCAAAAAUGUUUGUCCACCCCUGCCGUAUAUAUAUGUAUACAAUAUAUAUAAAUAUAUCAUAUAUACAUACAUAUAUAUUAGAGCUAUCAAACGAUUAAAAUAUGUAAUCAAAUUAAAAACGCUACUGCCAUAAUUAAAUGAACUAAAAAUUAAUCGUGAUUACUCAUGCAUUUUUUUAUCAUUUUUGAAUUUCCUUUUAUAUUUUCUGUCCUAUUUUCCCCCCAUUUUAUUGCUCUCAUCAACAUGGAAUCAUGAAUCCGUUUUCUAUGUGCAAAAUGCAAAUAUUGACUGAAAUAACAAUUUCGAUUUUCAAUUUUACAUGAAAAUUGUUCACUUGGAGCAGUUAUUCACACAUAAUCUCUCACACAAUAUUACUGUCCAUCAACACAACUGUCACACAACAGCUGCUUUAACGGCUCUUUUUAUGGAAUCAAAACAGCAAUAUAAAAUUAUAAUGUGCACAUCUAAGGUCAACGAGUUCUCAGCCUGUAGUGGAUUUAAGCCAUGGUAGCACACUUCGUUUUUCUCAAGUUUGCUUUGACUACACUUGGUUAGAUGACACGGGAGACGUUUUAUUUUCAGUAUGGUCGUUCCGACUGCACCACUGAACUCUGGACGUGCGUAAGCGCACCGUCGCUGUCAGACGAACACAGAGAAUCUCCACCCCCAUUAUUUAUAUGGACAUGGAACACGGGAACCUUCCACACAAAAUAGUUCCAAACAGGUAAAAAUCGCGUCAGUGGCAUACAUCGAACUGAACAGAAUGCCUGCUCUUUAUUCACUAGAGUCUCAUCAACCUAGUCUCUUAUUUCUCUCCCGAAACAGUGUCUUCUCCCGCUUGGUGUAACUUGGCCUUCUCCACUACGUACAAUUUCUGUUCAUAGCUUGUAAUGGAGGCUCUCGCUGGCAAUCCGUAGUGGAGUCGUUAGACGCAAUGCGAAUGUCGAGCUGUGGACAUUGUUGACAGGCUUGCAUGCAGGAGCCAUACAUUUAGCUAUGGCUUCAGCAAAUUUGUUCUUUAUCAUGUCAUCCAUUUUCUUCACUUUGAAAUGAUCCAUAGCCGUCUGUCUUAGACGAGGGGGCGGAGUACUCGCGUCAGCUGUGUGCUUGGCCAUUAAGUGGUAUUUCAGAUUCGACGUGCUAUGAUGAUAGCUCAGUUUACGACUGCAAAACAUACAGGUAACUUUGGUCAUGUCAGUGGAACAAUCUUGCAACUUUUUAAAAGUAAACAUUCCAUUCAUAAACUCUCUAAGUAAACGUUUUCGUUUGUUUUUUCUGGUUUAUUUAUACGGCAACGUAACAUCCGCUGUGACGUGUGCCACGUUAAUCUCGCGAGAAAAAUUUUAAUCCCAUUAAAAUUAAUUUAAACUGACAGCUCUAAUAUAUAUAUAUACACACACACACACAUAGUUCUAAUUAUCAUGAGCUUAUUUCUUUGAUUUUUCAACUUGCCAAGCGGAACGUUCCGUUGUCACGUUGCAUGUUUUUUAAAGCCGGGAAACGCGUGCAUGUACGAACAUAUAAAUAUAAUAUCUAAGUAAGCAUUUUAAAUGACAUUUUUUGGGUGGGGGUUUUCCCUAAUAUUUUUCCUCUUGAGUGACAGGCCCCCCGCCGCCGCUCCACUGUGAUGUUUUCCACCUGUGUAUGCAGGUUGUAAGCAAAAGCUCAAUAAAAAGAUGACUUUUAAUGUAA